ACGGGAUGGAGUGGGUAGAAUCUAGGUGAAGAGAAGGUAAGGAUGUCGGUUGGGAAGGUCUGGAGUGGUGAUGGGCUAGGUGUGGGAGAGGACCUUGCAUAAAACAACACUGAAACCCCCCAAAGGAAGUCUGAGAGGCGACCGACUUUCCUGGCUGAAGUUUCUAGAACCCAGAACAUUAGUGAAGGUGUGGCCCGAGGCCAGUCCCGCCUCAUCCUCUCCGGGCGGAAGUCUCGGGGCAGUUACCGGAAGUCUUCAUGAGGUGGGGCGGGGCCUGUGCAGCGGCACGGUGGGAUCGAUAUGGCUACCGAGGGGGAUGUAGAGCUGGAGUUGGAGACCGAGACCAGCGGCCCGGAGCGGCCUCCCGAGAAGCCACGGAAGCAUGACAGCGGUGCGGCGGAUCUGGAGAGAGUCACCGACUACGCGGAGGAGAAGGAGAUCCAGAGUUCCAACCUGGAGACGGCCAUGUCCGUGAUUGGAGACAGACGGUCCCGGGAGCAGAAAGCCAAACAGGAGCGGGAGAAGGAACUGGCCAAAGUCACCAUUAAGAAGGAAGAUCUGGAGCUGAUAAUGACAGAGAUGGAGAUCUCAAGAGCAGCAGCAGAACGGAGCUUGAGGGAACACAUGGGCAACGUGGUAGAGGCUCUUAUUGCCCUAACCAACUGAUUUGUGCUUUCUCAGACACACUCACUGGAUUAUUUUAUUUCAAUAAAGAUGUAGCCUUUUUUUUUGCAGCUAUAUCAUCUUGGAACAAGUGUUAUGUAUAUUAUACUGUAUUUUAUUGUGAGAAAUUUACAUGUUGGAGUAUAACUGAAUUUAAGCAACUCUCCCCCACCCCGCAGGCCUUAAUGAAAUCAUGUGAAGGAUCAUUGUAGUAUGGUACCUCAUGAUCUCAUGUUCACAUGCAGAUCCUAGGUGGCAGGCCAGGCUCAUUCAUCUGACUAGCUUUCAGUGGUAUUCAGGGUACAUUUGGAAUUUCAGCAAAGUUGCCGAAGCCCAUGGCAUGGGUCUCUAGGGUGGUUUAUAUACCACCAGUCUUGUUCAUAAGCCACUUUUUAAAAAUUUUUUUAAGAGAGUGCAUGGUGGGGGUGGGUGUUGGCGGGGAGAGGGAGAGGGAGAAUCCCAAGCAGGCUACACACCCAGCAUGGAUCCUGACACGGGGCUCGAUCUCAUGAUCCUGAUAUCAUGACCUGAGCCAAAAUCAAGAGCUGGGUGCUUAACCGACUGAGCGACCCAGGCACACUAUUCAUAAGCCCCUUAGAGUUAGAAUUUAGGUACCAAAUUGGAAACAUGGUAAAUACAAUAAAAGAUAUCAAAGGUUAGGUCUUUUGCAGAAUUAAUCUAUGAAAGACUUUGAUUUAUGAAGUUGAUUUAAUUGAAUUCUGAACCGCCACAACACUGUGCCUUACAUUCCAUUUCCUAUCCUGGAGAGAAGACAAUUUUACUUUAAAAGUUGAUCAACCUUUGGCCAAGUCAUCCUUGCUGAGCUUCUGUUUCCCCAACUGUAAAAUGGUAAAUACCUGAUAGGUUGUUUUAAGAACUUAAAGAGUUGGUGAAUGUGAAAAGCUUGGACUAAUACCUGCCUCAGAGUGGACAUUCAGAUAUCAGCUAUAAACAUAUUCUUAAAAGAAUUUCAGUAUCUUACUCUCAUUUUGACUCUAGGAAAAUCUUAGAUUGUAUCCCUCUGGCACACACAUAAGGGUGACUUAUACUCAGAUUAAUGUGUUUAUUACCUCCUAGUAAUUUGUAUUCGUAUUUUUAUUUUAGGACAUGAAAGAUUUGUGAAUGCUUCUUCCAGUGGGGCAUUUAAAAGAUGGUGAAAAGACCUUGACCAUCUCAUUUUUUUAUGUAAUUGAGAAAUAGUCUUCCCACUGAUUAAACGUCAUUCCUUAUAACCCCUAGGACUCCUAGUGCUCUGCCAUGUGCAUGGUGGUUAUGUAAUAAAUAUUAAGUGGAAAACCACUGAAUUUAAC